AUGCAGGUGCAUCACAGUGUGAGAAUAUCUGAUCAGGAAGGAGUGUACGCUCUCGACGGUUGCCUGUGCACGGGUAGUGGUAGUGUUGCACUCUGCCUUUCCCUCUCCAACCAAACCAUUCAGUGCUAUGACGCCUGCACAGCUUCAGCUCUGUGCACAAUACGCGGUCACACGUGUACAAUACGGGAUGUCACUUCUUCACCUACUCAACCCCACGUACUAUAUAGCGCACAAGAGGAUACGGGGGUUAUGGUGAGCGACAUAAGGCAACAGUCUCCUGCGCACUUUCUUAGCGAGUACUGCGGCACCGGGGCUACUGGUGGGGCGGUGGCUACGUCUCCCAAUGGAGACGAUAUUGCGGUUGCUGUUAACGGUGACAUACAUAUCGUUGACACACGAACCUGGAACACCAAAAGGAUUAUAGGUACAAUGCACCUUGACGAGAUAACUCGUGUGCGUUUCAUUAGCGAGUCAGUGUACUGCUCCGCUGGAGAAGAUCAAAUGAUCAACUUUAUCGAUUCUUCACCAGUUGUCAAGGAAAAUGAUAUGCUUCUCCAGGCGCUCUCCUGUGGGGAGGUGGCAACAAAGAUGAACGCGUUCCCCGAGCAUGCUACGCUUGGGAUCGUCGGAUCAUGUGAAAACGCCUACACCUUCCCGUAUGUUCUUCAACAACAGGAGGUGCGAUACGAGAGGCCUGAUGAUGCGACGUAUUGCGUAGAUAUUUGUUCUCUCAGGGGGCGGCUUUACCUCGUAACUGGGGUGCGGGACGAGGAUGGCAAUGCGGGUCCGCUUAGCGUCAUGGAUGUGGCCACUCGCGAGCGGGUAGCACUUCCUCAGUUUCACAAAGAGAUCAGCCGCGUCGCCAUUGGCGUAGAGGAUUGUUUGAUUACUGGGGGUGAGGACAAUGUUCUCGCUUUUUGGAGGGAGGGGCCCGUGUCUGGUGGAGGGAAUGUAGAGCUUACAGGGGCUGCGUCCUCUUGUACUUCAGUGGGUCAUCCUCCCCAGAAGCUCAAACCCCUUCCUCGCGGCUCCAGAACUCAAAAGUUUGUGCCGUAUAUUAAGGGAGCCAGCUGA